GUUUGAAUUCUUCGUGCUCGCACACGCAAAACAUAAAUCGCGCGAAAAAUAAAGUUGUAUAUAUAAAAAAGAGAAAUACAGAAGAGAGAAGAGUUGAUCAAAGAACGGAAAGAUCAGAAACGUGCAAUCACAAUUCGAAUUCCAAUUAGUGAUCAACCGCAGCAUUCAUUCCAAUACAUUCAUUCUAAAUUUAAAAAAAACAGCAAACCGUCACCACUAUGUUCUGUUUAGCAAAAAUGAAAAUAAGAAGUAUUAUAGCUCUAUUCAUUAUAGGUUAUAUGAUUGUACUUAUGCGUAAGGCAAUGAUGACCACCGAAACAGAAGAUCCAGUCAUUAUAUGGUGGACACCAUUCGUAAUCAAGGACAGAAUUAUCGAAUGUAACGAUGUAUUCAAAUGCUUCGUGACAUCUAACCGUGAUCAUGUCCACAAUCCCAAAACGAAAUUUUUGAUGUUCUAUGGGAGUAAAUUCGAUUUGCACAAUUUACCGGACAACAGGGACCAACCGUGGGCGAUAUUUCACGAAGAAUCGCCAAAAAAUCUUGCCCUAUUUAUGGACAAACGCGUGCAGAAUCUAUUCGCAAUCACAUCGACGUUCAGUAGAUUCAGUUCGUUUCCUCUGCCUCUGCAGUAUUUGAAAGAAGUGUCCCUACUAAUGUCCAAGCAAUAUCACAAGAAGACCUCCUUGAAAAACGCGAUGCUUACAGAAUUGGCUCCAGUAUUUUACCUGCAUUCCGAUUGCGACACCCCGAGCGGAAGAGAUAUAAUCGUUAAAGAGCUAAUGAAGUACAUCAAGGUGGAUUCGUACGGACCUUGUUUGAACAACAAGAAGUUACCAGCAAAAUUCCAUUUAAACGGGACUUAUAACUUAUACGAACCAGAAUUUAUGCAUUUUGUAUCGCGCUACAAGUUCGUAUUGGCUAUCGAGAAUGCUCAAUGUUUUGAUUACAUCACGGAAAAGUUAUGGAGGCCGCUAAUCGCUGGAUCAGUACCGAUUUACUUGGGAUCAUCUACAGUCAAUGAUUGGCUUCCCAACAAUCAUUCCAUUAUACACAUGAGGGAUUUUCCAGACUUAAAAGAUUUGGCUAAGUUUAUACUGAAGCUUAACCAGAACGAUAAACUUUACGACAAAUAUCUAGAGCACAAAACUCAUAACAAAGUCACGAAUUUAAACUUAAUGAGAACGCUUUCUCGAGGAGUCUACGGAUACGAGAAGUACGGUGAAGAGUAUGGAGUUAGUUCGUUCGAAUGUUAUGUAUGCGAGAAUGCUCACACCGACGACUAUAAAAGAUUGAAUAAAAGCAAAGAAUCAGUUUACGAUUGUGAGGAUCCACAUGAAAAGAGUGAUUGGCAUCAAAUGUGGUCGAUGGGCAGAGAAGAGGCCGAUGCGCUAGUCAAUCGAUAUAUACCUUAAUUAUAUCGUUGAAUAUGUGUAAGAUGCACUGCCUACGAACAAAACCUGUUAAUAAAUAAUUAAAUAAAUAUAUACAUGUAUAUAUUUAUUUACUUAUUUAA